AUUGCCUUUCAAGGCCAUCCAUUAAGGUUUAUAACGCCCCGCACACCGGGCGUACAUUGAAAUGGUGAUGCCAUGUGCGGCAGCGUAUAAUCGUUGACAAUUGCCGAGAGUUAUGCUGUCUGCUGUUGUAUGCCCUCAUCGUACCAUCAUUUUCGCGAUCGACAACAACACAACAAAGAAGCAGCGAAUGAAGAGCGGAAGAUGAUCGCAAGUUGCUUUACGGAAAAAGAGAAAAUCUUGACACUUACUUACACAGCGCAUCGUUGACAGAGAAGCAACGGACUCACAGGUAUAGGAAUUAGGAAGUAUAACUAACAAUAAUAGCCUAUCAUCGAACCACCCAGGCCCCCUCCUCUCGUCGUCCACUUUUACUCAACAUAUUGUAGGAGCCGCCUAUAACCUCACACUCUGCCUUGGACCCUAGUAUCCAACGCCAUCUUACUAUAAUGUGGUGUAAACUACUAACGACCGCCUUGCUGGCUUUCGCUCUGGGGUCAGUCGUCGGAACCGCCAGAUACACCCAUGGUCUACGUGGUCGAAGACCUGCUGCUCUUGCCUCAAUGAGGGAGGCUAAAAGGGAGGCUCUCGCUAGAGAGACGUCAAGAAUGGAGGAAAGCCGUGCACUCCUGGAAAGGCACCCAAAAAGGAAGUUUUACAACAACAGAACUUCCGAAUUCUUCAUCAAAUAUCUUCCUGAUGUCCAGUUCGACCUUGGUGAGGUUUACAGCGGCCUCAUACCUAUCGACUACAACAACCAGUCGGAAGCCCUCUUCUUCGUUUUCCAGCCGAAAUUGGGAAAAGACUCCAAAGAUCUCACAAUUUGGCUCAACGGCGGUCCCGGAUGUAGCUCUCUAGAGGGUUGGUUCCAAGAGAACGGUUUAUGGAUUUGGCAACCUGGAACGUAUGCGCCUGUUAUCAACCCCUACUCAUGGGUAAAUUUGACUAACAUGCUCUGGGUAGAGCAACCUAUUGGCACUGGGUUCUCAAUCGGUACGCCUAAGGCUACGACAGAAGAAGAGAUUGCCCAGGACUUUAUCAAAUGGUUCAAGAACUUCCAGGAUAUCUUUGGAAUCAAAAACUAUAAAAUUUAUGUCACUGGAGAAUCAUAUGCAGGUCGCUAUGUACCUUAUAUCAGCGCGGCAAUGUUGGAUGCGCAAGACAAAACAUAUUACAAUCUUUCUGGGGCCCUUAUGUACGACCCUACUAUCGGUGAAACCAUCAAUGUGCAAGAAGAGAUCCUUACCUAUUCUUUCGUCGAAGCCAAUGCCAAUCUUUUCAAUUUCAACAAAACCACCAUGGCUGAACUCAAACAGCUCCACGAGGUCUGCGGUUACAAGGAGUAUAUAGACAGGUACUUUAAGUUUCCUCCGACUGAAAACCAGCCCCCACUUUUUUUCGACUACAACGAUCCCGUGGACAUAAUGUGUGACAUCUUCGGUAUGGUCAAUGAUCUGGCCCUCCAGAUCAACCCUUGUUUUAAUAUUUACGGGGUUAAUCUCAUGUGUCCUCUCCCGUGGGACGUCCUUGGCAUGCCUACUCAGCUCAACUAUGCACCCGGUGGCGUCUACUUCAACAGAUCCGAAGUUAAAGCUGCAAUUCACGCUCCCAAGCAUAUUGAGUGGGCCGGCUGUGCAGCUAGCCCAGUCUUUGUUGGGGGCGAAGGAGGGCCUCAAAGUAACGGAGACUUGUCAGUGGAUCCUAUUCAAAAGGUCCUGCCUAGAGUUAUCGAGGCUACAAAUAGGGUCUUAGUCAGUAAUGGUGACUUUGAUAUGGUUAUCAUUACCAAUGGCACCCUUCUUGCUAUUCAGAAUAUGACUUGGAAUGGGCAUCUUGGGUUCCAAUCUCCCCCUUCGGAAUACAUUGUUAUCGAUAUCAACGACACCCAAUGGUCAUCUGUCUUUGAGAGCAACGGCCUCCAUGGAUAUCCCGGUACUCAAGGCGUGAUGGGCAUUCAGCACUACGAGCGAGGUCUUAUGUGGGCAGAAACUUUCCAAUCAGGCCACAUGCAGCCUCAGUACCAGCCGAGAUCUGCUUAUAGGCACCUGCAGUGGCUCCUUGGUCAUGUAGACAGACUGUAACGAUCUCUUUAUCCAUCUGAUCAUUGACUGGUUAGCCUUCCAAGUUGCAGUGAAGUUUAUUUUGAAAGCUUAGGACAAUUAUUUUAUUGGAUGAAGCAAGGAGGAUUGUGUGAGUAGUUUUACCUCCAUUGUGUAUGGCAAACAUUUCUGUUUCUUGUUAUAAUGGCUUCGUGUAAUAACAACCGCCGAUGAAUGUCCCAUUCAACAUGUGGCGUACUACUGCAGAGUUCUUGUCGAAGCUCGUAGUUCUCAACUCCAGUUGAUCUUUUCCUGUUGCCGCCCACCAACAUAAUAAAAGCACAGCACUAAGUACAACUGUAGUAUGUGCAGGACGGCAACGUAAUGGACAUCGCAGCAGGAAGACGGACGAGCAGUAGAGCGCACAGCUGUACGGUUCGUAUAAAGAAUCUCACAGUUCGUGAGUGCAUUCGUUGUCGCGGGGAUGACCUUCCAUUCUAAGUCAAGAUCACAAAUUCAAUAUCAUCUUGUUAUGGCAUUUAUCGCCAUCAUCCAUCCUUACAAUAAUAGACGAUUAGCGAUGAAAUGGUCAUCUGGAGUACUGUGGCGCGGCAGGCAUCAUCACAUUCCUACAGCACAAUUAUG